AUUAGUCAGUUUCUCUAGUUUAAGAGGUCCAUCGCAUCCUUCUGUUUUUAUUUCCGUUCAUAACGUAUUCCUUUUGUUGUCCGUUAAUGAGGUGGCGAGCUGUCACUAGUUUAGUUAAAGAAAAAAUUAAAUACUAAUUUGGCUGCAAGUUAAUGGAAAGAAACCUAGGGUUAGUUUGAUGAUUUUCAAAAAAAUUAAUUUAGUUUUUAAAGAAUUAACCGUCGUAAACCAUUAAAGAAAUUAAGUCAUGGUUAAUGAAAUCGGAGGGUCAAGUUAUUAAAUUGCCAAAUUCGAACUAAAUUAUUAUUUACUAUUGAAACAAACAGGGAGUAUCAGUUGCUAUAAAGUAUGAACUCGAGAGUAAACGAAGUUUCAGAAUAUAGCAUGUCUACCUUCUACCGACCUUAUCUAACUGCCAUGAUUCUUCCAAAUUAGCUGACACCCUUGCUGACGUACGUCUAGGUUCUUGAGAGUGAUGUCCAUUCUUGUUCUGUUUUAAAAAUGGAUAAAUCCCAUGGAUAUUCAGUUCAUUUCUUCUUAUAAAUAUUUCAUUCGAUGCACAUCCCAUAAUUUGGAACUUACAAAGUCCAAGGCUCUCUUCCUCUCUUGCCAGCCAAGCUUUCAUCCAAACCCAUCCCCUCUGCAACAAUGGACUUAAAUUCACCUCCAGUUGAAAUGUUCUUCUUUCCAUUUGUUGGUGGAGGCCACCAAAUCCCCAUGAUAGACAUAGCCAGAGUCUUUGCUUCCCAUAGUGCCAAAGCCACCAUAAUUACCACUCCAAAACAUUCCCUCUCCUUCCAAACAUCCAUCCACCGUGACCAAAAAUCUGGUCUCCCAAUCUCCAUCCACGCUCUUGAGCUGUCUGACAAUGUUGAUAGAGCCGACACGGACAUAUCUGCAACUCACACUGACACUUCUAUGCUCCAAGAACCUCUGCAAAAUCUUUUACUCGAACGAAAACCAGACUGUAUUGUUCAUGAUGUGUUUCAUCGGUGGUCUGCUGAUGCCAUUGACAGUGUUGGGAUUCUAAGAAUUACUUUCAAUGGGAAUGGAUGCUUUGCUCAUUGUGUCCGAGAAAAUAUAGAACGCUAUAAGCCCCAUCAGAAGGUAACUUCUGAUUUGGAGCCUUUUAUUGUUCCGGGUCUUCCUGAUGGGAUUGAACUGACCACGUUCCAGUUACCAUUCCUUGGAAGACCACCAAAUGGUGGAGGGUUGCAUAAAAGAAUGCCAGGAUCAGAUGAGAAGAGUUUCGGUGUUAUGGUUACUAGUUUCCAUGAAUUGGAGACUGCUUAUGUGGACUACUUCAGGAAUGAAUUAGGCAACAGGGCAUGGCUCAUGGGACUAGUUUCAUUAUGCAAUAGAAAUGUGGAAGAUAAGGCUAAGAGAGGCCAAAAGACUUCGGUUAAUGAGCAAUCCAUUUUGAGCUGGCUUGACAGUAAAGAACUCAAUUCGGUUCUUUACGUCAGUUUUGGAAGCUUAGCUCGUUUAGCCCCUGAACAAAUCCUUGAGAUCGCCCACGGUCUUGAGGCUUCCAAUCACCCAUUCAUAUGGGUGAUAGGAAAAAUCCUUAUAUCAACUGGACAAAAUGGAGAAAGCAAAGAAAAUUUGCUUCCCAGUGGGCUUGAAGAUAGAAUUAAAGAAUCCAGAAGAGGACUAAUAAUAAUAAGACUCUGCUUUCCAGUGCAGCAACUGUUUUGGGUUAAUGUCAAAUGAUUUGCAACUGGUUGAAUAAAGGGAUGGUAAUGGAUCGGGUUGGAUCCUAAAGUUGGUGGAGUGUGAUUUGUUUUUUAA